AUGGCGGCUGCUUUGGUUCUUGGACAGGCUUUGAAAGGCAAAACAGGUAUUUACACUGUGACAAGGCAGCUACAGGACUCAGUCUGGCUUGCUACGAACAAAUAUCAUGCGAACGUCAUGGCGAAGAGUGUCAGACAUUUUCGAUUACAAAACGAACGAGACGUUCUACGUCACUUCCAAAACAGAACCCCCUGGAUUCGCCCGUUAAUUGAUGAGAUCACAGAUCCUGCAGUUCCUCUGACGCUCAUAUUGAGAUACUUAGACGAUGAUGCUCUUCACGCAUCGAAUAAGCAACGUCUUACUCGUCCAGAGGUGAAACAUGUUGCGAAAAAGGUGCUACAAGCUCUUUCAGUUUUACAUGACGAGGGAUUUGUACAUACCGACCUCAAACCAAGCAAUGUGUUGGUAAAUUAUGGCUACAGUGAUAUCCGUUUUGCAGACGUCCAAUUAGCUGAUUUUGGGAGUACUGUUCCUGCGGACUCUGCUUACGCACAACAUGGUGACCCUAUCGGCACCCAUAUUUUCAGGAGCCCUGAAGCACAGCUUCAAAUGAAAUGGGGCACUGCAACGGAUAUUUGGUCAUUUGAAGGAUUUCACAUCUUCAAGCCCGAUGUUCCUGCCGACCACGAUGAAUACGAUGUCAAGAUCCUCAUGAAGCAUCAUAGAUGCUUCGGGCCAUUUCCAGAAUCGUACGAACAAAUUGCGGACCAGGAGCGACUGGCUAUUCUUGUUUGGAUCAUGCAAAACAGCCCUCCUGAGACAUUGAGACCGUUCCAUCUCACCACUACGCUGGAAAUUUGCCCGGAAGAUAAGGAAUUCGUGUUAACGGCCAUGAAGCUAGAUCCACGAGAUCGGCCGUCAGCACGACAGCUCUUGGAUGAUGGAUGGUUUGGUCAGCCUUGA